AUGGAGGAAGAUCAGGGACUAAAACAUAUGUGCAAGUUUUGCAGCAAAAGCUUUCCCUCAGGUAGAUCCUUAGGAGGCCACAUGAGGUCUCAUUUGAUCAAUAUUUCAUCUGACGAGAAAUUGAUGAAAAAGAAGCUCCCACCUCUUACCAGUGUCAAAAGUAGCUCCGAAAUUGUUUACGAACUUCUGGAGAAUCCGAAGAAGAAGAAGAAGAACGAAUUCUUGAAGGCAUCAAACGACGAGAAGGAUUGUUUGUUUAAGGACAGGAUUUGUAAAGAAUGUGGAAAAAGUUUCCAAUCUUGGAAAGCUUUGUUUGGUCACAUGAAGUGCCACUCUGUAAAUGGAAGGAACAUUGCUAGUGUCGACGAGGAAUCUUGGAAUGGGUCGAAUGAUCAUCUGAAGCCGGAUUUGGAUAGCGAAUCGGAUAAUGAAGGCUUGAAUCCGUGCAGACGAAAGAGAUCGGAUAGAAUGAUCAAAAGGUACAACACUUCAUCUUCUUUAAGUACUAUUGCUGCUAAUGUUUCUCCCUGCAUUUCUGAGAUUGAUCAGCACGAGCAAGAAGAGGUUGCCAUUAGUUUAAUUAUGCUUUCGAGGGAUGUUUCGAACUGGAGUACUAUGAAUUCUGUUCUUGAUCAAUCCUCUGAAAAUAAUUCUAACUUUUUAGAGUCGAACAAAAUUACUCCACCAAAGUCGAAGAAAUCCAAGUCUGAUGAGGAAAAAUUCGGAUUCAAAACUCCUGUUAUUCCAAAAACUGGCCUCAAAAUGAGCAAAUCUCAUGUUUCCGCAUAUGGGUUUCUUGAGAAAAAGAAUCUUGAUAAUGAGUCCGAAGUUAACUCGCCCAAAAUCAAGAAAAGCGGAUCGGAAAAGUUUGAGAAAGAUUCUAAUAAGAAGAACAAGUUAAGCAAGAGAAAGUGCAUUGGUUUAUACGAUCCUCGAUUGAGUGUUCCAGAGAAUUUCCAAGAAAAAGUUGCUUAUUUUGGUACUUCUGACUAUGUAUUAUGUGACAAAAAACCAAAAUAUGAGUGCGCACAUUGCCACAAGGCCUUUUCUUCUUAUCAAGCACUGGGGGGUCAUAGAGCUAGCCAGAAGAAGUUCAAUGGUUGCUGCACUCCAAACAGCGAAGACAUCCUCAAUUCUGAUCAUAUUUCGCCAAAUCAAACUGCUAAUGGUAAACCCAUGAUUGAUAUUUUCGCAAUGAAGGCAGAAUCAGAAAUCAGGUUCAAGAAUAAUUCUAAGGAUCACGAAUGCCCGAUUUGCUUUAAAGUUUUCGCAUCAGGCCAAGCCUUAGGUGGGCACAAGAGAUCACAUUUAAUUCGCGAGGUGAAAACCAGUCCAUCUAUUGUAAUCGAAAAACUAGAACCAAUUCGUGAUUUUCUCGAUCUCAACUUGCCUGCACCAGUCGAAGAAGAUCUCAAUAAUGAUCAACUCGGGUUGAAGCCAUGGUGGAGAGGAACCAGCAGCCUCGAGCACGAGCUACUACUCGGCCUACUGUCUACCUGA